UGGAGGUCCGCCUUUCUGACCCUGUUGUCAGUUAAUAUUGCCUUCAAAUUGAAGGUAAAUGAAGUUGUAAAAAUAUUUAAUAAGAACACAAAAAGUCACAGAUUACAAUUGUUUCCCUAAUUAAGACCUUAAAUUUCUAUGUUAUACUUUGAAUUUGGCACGAUUCAGUCGCCGAUGAAGCUUAAAAAAAAGAAAACAAAGACUGAAAGAUUAGACUAGAAUAGGAAGAAAAAAAAGCUACUUAAUUAAGAAUUUAAGUGACCAAAUACGACUUAAGCAUGAACUAUCACCAUAUUUCUAGUUAUUAGUAGGCCUAAACUAAGGCUACCUAUUUAUUUACUUAUAACUUAUAAGUAAACUUACUUAGUUAAACUAAAUAAAAUGGUGAUAACGAAACUCGAAACAUUCUCUACUCUACUAAUUGAACUGACGGACUGGUUAGCAAGUUACUCAAUGAAUGUUACUGUUAAUAAGUGGUUUACAGCAGAAAUCACCAUUUUAAUUUAAGUUCUAGUAGGCCUAACUAAUAGAACAUGCCCCAGCCCUAUUAUAGCAUAUACAAUAAAUUUAUUAAUAUUAUUAAAGUAUUAAUAUUAAUAAUAUUUUGGCAAUCCUCCGAAGUCCGGUCCCAAAUUAUUUCGUAUGAAAGAUUGCAAUGCACAGUGUGUAUUGUUAGAAAAAAGCAGAAAUGUCAGUCAUAGCUUUUGUAAAUAACUGUCACUUUACAAACCAGUCAGUAAACACUAAAUAUUGUAAUUGGCGCAUAGCAUUUGCAAAUAGCAGCCGAAAACGUUCUGCUUGUGACUGUUGCGCCACUGAAAGGCCCCCAAGUAGCUGGCAAACAGACCGCGAGUAGAACCACUCUGAUAGCGGAGUUAACAUUCCGCUUGCAUCCAUAGUCCUUCAAUAGUUUCUGUGUGAAUGUCCUGGUCUACUGGAUCAACAAAUUCAUGCGCGUGCACAAUGACAGCGUGAGCAUAAAUCCCGUUGUUGAGCAGACCAACAUUUUGAUAUCCUCGCUAAGCGUCCGUGGUGAUAGCUGUCCCUGGUAACACAUGAUUAGUGAUAAUGCGCUCGAGUGUUUGUGCAUCUCGACGGCCGACAACCUCCAUCCAACAUCGUCCACUGCCGCAAACAUGAAUUUCAAAACAGAAUGAUGCCCAAGAAUUUUAAGUAAGGAGUAAUCAUUGGAAAUAAUUUGGGAUCGGAGGAUUGCCAAUAUUUUAAUGUCAUUUAAAUUUAUGCCUAGUUAGUUAACUACUAGUUAAGGCUAAGGUCCCUACUAAAAUUCAUUUCUUUAUUAAGAAUAUUAAUAUUUAUGCCUAGGCUAAGACUAAGGGAGUAAGUGACAAAGUCUAAGGCAGACGGUAAUCAUAGAUUAACACAGCAGAGUACACAUACCUCGGCUCCUCUCUAUCCCUUCUAAAUAUAGUUUGCCACACGCAAAAAAAAGGCUUGUUAAGUCUUUUUGAAGGCCUGUGCAGUGUACAUUUAUAAGAAUUGUUGACUAUUUGUCCCUUUAUUUAGUUUAAUCUUUAAAUUUUUCAACUCCGGAAGACUUGGUACGAAUUUACGGUUACAGUUGAACAAUUUUUCAUUUGUUACGGGUACUCUAACUUUGGUAGUCAUUCCUUUCAGAGCUAAAUACAGCCAUCAUUAGUAUGAGUAUAUUGGUUAGAAGAUUAGACUAAUAAUUAAGCUUUUCUGUAUUUUCAGACCAUUUUAUACCAUUUCAUUCAGUCUGAGUUUUAACCAUUGACUUAGACGGACUGGUGCUUUCUAAACUUUUAAAUAUAAUUUUUGUGACAAAUUUUUUUAUAGACUUUUUACUGGCUAAAGACGGAGUACCCGGGUAACCCUCUCAGACUCAUAUUGUUAAAUAUUUAUCAGACUCACCUCCAAUCAUUUCUUAAAUUUCAGCUUAUUCAUCUUCUUUAAUUACCGGUAUUGAAUGUUAAUCCUUGCAUCUAUCAAAGUCAAAAAGUCAUAGACUGAUAUAGAGCAACCCUUGGAAUGUAUUAUUAUUAUUGAAAUUUCAUUGAGCAAUGCAAAAUUUUAUACAUGGUCAAGUAUUUAGAGAUCUGAUGUUCAAUGAACUAAGAAGUUUUGUAAAACAUUUCAAAAUGUCCUCCUUUCACUUUUUUAUCAGAAACUUUCCCCAGCCAUUUCACAAAAUUUAGGUGAGAGCUAGCCUUGACACCCUGGUCCCAUUAGGUUUUAUUAGUUAUGGAAGGUUGUCAUCUGUCUAUUGGAUGGAAAGACUUAAAUUGUAAGAAAAAUAUACUAUAUACUAGCUGGGGCAAUGCAACUAUGUUGUGCAUGUAUAAUACAGAAAGAGGUGCAUAAUCUAUAAAAAUCGUGCGCUUGAUCACAUACACACCCAAGAACAUAUUUGUUACCCAUAAUUCUGUCAACACAUAGCAAAAUAAAGGAUGUGUUGUUUUAAAAAAUUGAAAUAAUGUCAUUUGGGUGAGUUAUGACAUAAAAGUUAAUUAAAAGGGGUUAAUCUGUGUCAUAUGUCUUGAGUGUGGCGGACAACAUCCACUCAGUAAUUAUUAUUAUAGAUUGUGACACAUCUGUAUUAUGCUUUUCUAGUGAAUCUUACCCGUAACAAACUCAAAACUUAGUGGUAGGCUUACUCUUUAACUUUUUUCUCCAAAUACGUAUAUAAUUUUCCAUGACAUUGAUUCUUUAAUAUUUUUAACACAAUUUUUUUUUUUCAGGCCAGCAAAAAAAAAAAAUGUCAGACAAAGAGGAUUACCGCUCAAAGUUGCGCACGCCUAAUAAGGAUGUCAAAAAUGAGUCUCCUCUCUGGGGAGGCUCAUCGCCUUUAGAUGAAUUUGGAUCAUAUCCCAAUUUCCUCAAUACACCAAGCCCUCCAAAAAGAAAACAUGCCGGACCAGAGCUCCAAUCUGUUUUCACACCUCAUAAAUCUGGUUAUCUACUGCGUACACCAAGCCCUCAUAAAUCAAGUCCUGCUGGCUGUGUGAAAACAGAAAGGAACGGCACACCCAGUCCUCACAAAGCUGGAUCUGGUACAGAUUUGUUUGGAAAUAGAUCUUUGCUUGAUAAUUUGCCUAUUCCUGAUUGGGAUGAUAUCUUUUUAGAAAGCAAUUUCCAAGAAGAUUUGUUUGGUCUUGUUAAUGAAGAUUUAGAAGGUUUGGUGAAAAGUCCAUCAAAGAGCCCACGAAAAAGUCAUCUGUUAAAUACAAAUAGCCCAUUUAGAAAGACUUCUUCACCAUGUGUCAGUCCAUUCAAGAAUCCCUUACUUACUUCAAGCCCUAAAUCAAUUGAUAGCCCAGGUUCCAUGAUGAAGACUCCUGGGGUGGCUGGUGGUCGUCCUCUUACCAGACAACGAAAACUUUUCUUACAGAGUCCUGAGCGACCAACCCCUCCAUUACCUAUGACUACAAAUAUCUGGCCAGCUCCACUACCAUUUACGUCGCUAGAUGAUACUUCAUCCUCAAUGUUUAGUGAGGGGGGGAACGAGACAACAACUUCUACUCAGAGUAUUUCCACUUACUUAAAACAGCUCGAUGAAGAAGACAAUGAAGAUUUUCCUGUUAUGCUUCCAUCAAGUUGGACUAACCAGGGCAGCUCUACUGUGUUAAAUUUAAAGUCAAACAGUAAAGGAAAGGGGAAAAGCUUAAAACAAAAGCAUAACAAAUCCUUUAAUUCUUCAGGAACAAAUCCUAGUAACCCACAAAACACCACAUCUCUUUCAACAAGUGUUUCUAACACUUCCGGAUCCAAAAAAUCUAAGGUUGAGCCUCAGUUUACAUUAUUACGCCCCCACACUGAGUUGUUUAACAAUCAAAUCUGCUUAAGAAUGACACCUCGCACACCCCCUAAUAAGAUAAAAAUUUCAAGGGACUUUUCUCAAAUACAGACAUUGCCUUCAAAAGAGCAGUUACGAAUUGUUCGGAACAGGUUUAGUGAAACUUUGAAAAAAGCAGUAGAGGAUGUUAUUGAAAAAGAAAAGAAAGUUCAGGAACAAAAUGAUAAUGUUCUGCGCACUGCCCUUCAGGAACCAGUCAUCUCACAGCCUAUCAACUUGAAUUUGAUGACAAAUUACAAUGUUCAUGGUUUUGCAGCUAAGAAACCUCAGCUUAAAAGGAAGAAAAGAUAAACUACCAAUCAGCCACCC